AUGUCGGACUCAACAUUUAGCAAGAUGCCCACUGAACUGGUCGAAAUAAUAGCAGAGUACCUAGACGACGAAGAUCUGAUCGCAUUCCGCCUAUCCUGUGUAAAGCUCGAUGCACAAACCGCGCGUAUCGUCGGCGAGCGGUUCUUCUCCAAAGUACAGACUAGUCUUAUAGGCUCAGAUAUACAAAAGCUAGAACAGCUCGCUUGCGGAAGAUUCGCAAAGUAUGUUAAGAAAAUCCUGGUUCUAGAUGAUUCCGAGAAGAUCAAGGACGCGGAAAGAACACAACAGGAAGAACAGAUACAUGGAAAGAGGAGGCCAUCGUAUCGUGUCUGGCCACUGGAUGAGCGAGGCGAUAUUGACAUCGACAUGAUUGGAUUCGCAACUUUGAGGAACAUCUUGAGGACAUGCUUUGGCAAAGAUUGCCUGGAAGAGGAAGAUAGAAGCGGGCUCAAGAUCGUGCACGACGGCAAAGGAGGCAGGGCAGCUGCUAUCGGAUACAAUGGGCCCAACGCAGCGCGCGUCUUGUACACAAUGGCCUCGUAUGCGCGAUUGCGGUAA